AUGGAAAUAUCGCCAAAUCCUGAGGAAUCUUCAAAUGCAGUUACUGUUCAAGUUGAUGUCCAUCAUCGGCAUUGUUCACAACUCAGUGCAUCAGUUGCUACCACAAACCAUAUCUGUGUGAAUGAAACUCAAGCAACGAAUGAUGUUUCUUCAAUCCACCCUGGUUAUCCAAAAACAGCUGCAGAGCGAAUGCGAGAGUAUAGAGCUCGGAAAAAAAAAAGAAGCUCUAGCGGUGAAUCAUCAAAAACAGAAAAGAUCAGCCGCAGAGCGUGCCAAAGAGUACAGAAUCCGAAAAAAAAUGAAGAUCCAUUCAGGAGGUAA